AUGGCCCGGCCGGAGAAGCUUGCGCCUGUGUGGGAUGAUCUUGAUAGGACGCUGAUCGAGGAUCAUCAUGUCGGCAGCUUACUGCUGACUGCGAAAAACCUCAAAUCUGCUGAAGAGACGACCAAGCUCUGCUACGAGCUGCAAAAGAUUGCUCACGAUGCUGGCCACCCGGUUCCUCUGGCCAUAGGCAUAGACCAGGAGAAUGGCGGUGUCAACAGCCUCUUCGAUGAGAUUUACAUCCGACAGUACCCCAGCACCAUGGGCAUGGCAGCAACGGGGUCAACCGAUCUCGCAUUCGAGGUAGCAAAGUCCACUGCACAGGAGAUUGCUGCCUGUGGCAUCAACUGGAUCUUUGGGCCAUGUCUCGAUGUACUUACUAAUGCCCGCAAUCAACCUCUUGGUGUCCGUACGGCUGGUGACGACCCUCAGGAGGUGUCCGCGUUUGGAUGUGCCUUUAUGCAGGGUUAUAAAGAAGCCGGUGUAGUAACUCUUGGGAAGCACUUUCCAUCAUAUGGAAACCUCGAGUUCUUGGGAUCCACCCUGGACGUGCCAAUAAUCACGGAAUCUCUAGAACAGCUCAGUCUUAGCGCCCUUGUACCAUUCAAGAAGGCCAUCGAGAGAGGGCUUGAUUCUAUGAUGGUCGGCGGAUGUGCCAUGUCUUCGGCUGGUCUAAACGCCAUGCACGCCUGUCUGUCCGAACAGGUCGUCGACGAGCUGCUUCGAAAAGACCUAAAGUUUGACGGCGUCGUGGUCUCGGAAUGUCUGGAGAUGGAUGCCCUCAGUCACAAUAUUGGGGUAGGUGGCGGUACGGUCAUGGCGGUGAAUGCUGGCUGCGACGUUGUCUUGCUAUGCCGUUCGUUUUCACUACAGCAAGAAGGCCUCAAAGGCCUAAAGACCGGUAUCGAAAGCGAAAUGGUGUCCAGGGACAGAAUAUUCAACUCCCUUCGACGCGUGUUGGAAAUGAAGAAGAAAUGCACGUCGUGGGAGAAAGCGUUGAACCCCCCCGGAAUCAGCUACUUGGACACCCUCCAACCUUCGCAUACCGCCCUGUCUACAAAGGCUUACAACAGCUCUAUAACGGUCCCUCUAGCUGCAUCUGCUGCGUCGCGGGCAUUGUCAGAUGCUGCCAGUGGUGCAGCCAGUCAUUCGCCAGAGCCCGCUGCGUGGGAGAGGAGUUCAUCUGUAAUGAGUGGUGAACGGGUCUUUAGGGAAUUGGGACGUUCAUUGGCGAGGCAACGCAAUGGCCGGGUUCUACAUACAUCGUACACUGCUAAUGGAGUUCGGCCAGUUCACGAAAAUCUCAUCAAUCGAGCGAGUGCCAUCAUCGUACUGACCGCCGAUGCAAAUCGUAACCUUUACCAGAGCGGUUUCACCAAACACGUAUCCAUGAUCUGCAACAUGCAGUACACGACUGGUGGCGAGCGACGUGAGAAGCCUCUGAUAGUUGUAGCGGUGAGCUCACCGUACGACUUUGCCAUGGAUACGUCUAUUGGUACUUACAUCUGUACCUACGACUUCACGGAGACAGCACUCAACUCUUUGGUAAGAGUACUAUAUGGCGAGCUCACUCCAACUGGCACUUUACCAGGGACGAUAAGCAAGAGCCAGAAAUUGCACCCGUCAAGGCAACAUUGGUUGGUCGAGAUCUUCAACGAGGAUCGAGACGCAAACGCUCUUGACAAUCUCAUCGCGGCAGUCGUGGCCAGCACGAUACCAAGCCAGAGAUCGGAGCUGUCAAGCGCAACCUCCAACUCGUUUGUUCUGCACCACACGGAAGUGGAAGAGUCACAUUUUGUUGUGAGAAAUAGCAGUACGCAAGCUCUGUACGGCUUCGUCGCAACUUACUUCUUCAAGUCGACCGGUACCGGGGUCAUUGCAGCGUUAUUCGUCGAUCCGGCUCGGAGGAAGCUUUCCAUCGGCCACUCGUUGCACAAUCGAGCGAUACGGACACUGCUACAAAAAGAAGGCAUCAAAAGAUUCCAGCUAGGAUCUCGCCUGCCUAGUGUGUAUUUGGGCAUACCAACUGGGCAUGGCAAUGAGCGAAAACGCCUGCGCUCGUGGUUUGCGGGCCUGGGGUGGGGAGCAGCACUAUCUCGUCCGGUGUGCAAUAUGGUUGCCCGUAAUUUACAGAGCUGGAACCCGCCCGAUGGCAUGGCCAAAAGCCUUGCAAGCGCGGGUGCACAGUUUGAUCUUGUCUAUGGAUGGGACUAUGCCGGACCCAUACUGGACCAUAUCAAGACCAGCAACCGCCAAGGUUUGGCUGAGGUGUACAAACUUGCCCUUUCCGAUCCCUCUGCGUGCGGCAUCAUCCGUGCCAAACGGCCAGAAGAUGGGGCGCUCGUGGGCACCGUGGUCCUCUACAACCACCAUUCGCGACUUUCGGAUUACAUACCGCCUCUCAAGGACCUCAACGAGGCGGCAGGCGGCAUCUCUUCGCCCGUCAUCUCGCCCAGCGUUGGAGAAUACUCGACGCUCCUGCAGGGCUUGAUUCUCCUCGGGAUGCGGCAGAUCAAACAGCAGGGUUGCAACGCCUGCUUGCUAGACUAUAUGGACGGAGACGGGAAUUUUGACGGGUUUUCUGCAAUGGGGUUUGACGUUAUGCACAACUUUGAAGAAGUCAGUUGUGAUGCGGCGACUUGGACCAUGAUACCACCUGCUUGA